AUGGCCCUCGAGCCACGGCCUGCCUCCGUGUACGCAGCUAGUAGCGUCGGCGAGUCCGGCGCUUUGGAAACUAACAAAGGCACAUUCUAUGUCUCCAAGCCAUUCCGUUCAAAAUCUUCCAAAAAGCUGCGCGCUAUCGUCACCUUCGAGCCCCGCAAGUCCCAUUUUGACACAACUAACGAGCGGUCGGGGACGAACGAAUUUCGCGGCUUCUUCACGCUCUUCUGGAUUUCUUUGUUCCUCUUUACCGUGCAGACGUACGUAUCCUCACUGGAGGCGAAUGGGUAUGCACUCUCGUUUGCAUUCGCUACCAUGUUCUCCCGCGACGCCAUUGUCCUCGCAAUAUCUGACGCGGUUCUCGUUCUCACGACGGCGCUCUGUGUUCCGUUCGCAAAAGCCGUAACGCGUGGUCGAUUAAGAUAUUACUGGAUGGGCGUGGUGCUACAACAUAUCCUUCAGACUACCGUACUGGUUGCUGCUGUCGUAUGGACUUACCAUCGACAAUGGCCGUGGGUACAGUCCGGCUUUUUAACUCUGCAUUCCUUCGUGAUGAUCAUGAAGAUGCAUUCGUACAUGUCUAUUAAUGGUUACCUACAAGACGUUUUGGAACGCUCGCAGCACGCAUAUGAAGAACUCCAAAGUCUUACUGAAGAACAAGUAGUGGGAGGUUGGGAGAGUGCAUUGCACGAAGCCGAAGCGAAAGUCAAAGAAGCGUCUAGGAGGAAAGACAAUACCGGCGGCGUUGACGCCUAUGGAAGCCAGGACCAAGAAUCAUCAAUAGGGACUCCAGAGGCGGAGGCCGUCAUCCGCUCUCUUGCAGACCCGAGUACUGCAGAUGCCUUACGUCGCAGACUGGUGGCUGUUUCUGAAGGGCGAGAUGCUAGCAAACUAGACCGCGGGACGUCUGCAGACAUUGCGUUCGAUGUCAAGGGAACGAAUUCUUCAACAUACACCCCUUCACGCCCUGCAACUCCAAUUCCUGCACACGGUGUUUCGCGAGGUGUUUCCAGUGUUACCUGUGCCUCGCUAUUGAUCCACCACCCGAAUCUCAGUGUUGCGUCUACUGCCCAUAAAUUCUUAGACUUGGACUCUGAACUCGUAUCGACGGGACCAAAGAAACUACGCUAUCCGGAUAACGUGACACUUGGUAACUUUAUCGAGUAUAUGCUCGUUCCGACGUUGGUCUACGAGUUAGAAUAUCCCAGGACUGACCGCAUUCGACCCUUGUACGUGUUCGAGAAGACUGCCGCCUUUAUGGGUUCCUUUGCACUGCUUUACACGGUCACGGAGAGCUUCAUUAUUCCCCUCACACCUACCCCUGGCCAGUCAUUCUUCCGAAGCUUAUUGGAUUUAGCGCUUCCGUUCAUGAUCGCAUACCUUUUACUAUUCUAUAUUAUAUUCGAAUGCAUAUGUAAUGCUUUUGCGGAAUUGUGGACUAACCUUGGUAUGUCCAGCUUUGCUGAUCGGCAGUUUUACGAGGAUUGGUGGAACUCUACAUCUUGGGACGAGUUCUCUCGUAAAUGGAACAAACCUGUGCACACCUUCUUGCUCCGACAUGUCUACGCAUCCACGCUCGCAUCUUACCCCUCCUUAUCUCGCACAGGUGCAAUGGUGAUGACGUUCCUGCUCAGUGCAGCUGCCCAUGAGCUAGUAAUGGUGAUUGUGACCCACAAGAUACGGCUCUACCUAUUCCUCAUGCAACUCGCCCAAAUUCCCCUCAUUCUAGUCUCUAGGGCACCCGCCAUCAAACGCAACAAACUCCUUGGAAAUGUGGUAUUCUGGCUCGGAUUGUAUGCAGGGUUCCCACUCUUGUGCGUUGCCUAUGUUGCCUAUUGA